AUGGAAAAAUACCUACUGGUGAAUAGUAUACUACCGAAGCCAAUCAAUGGCAUUCAGCGUCCAACAGCUUCACUGCUAAAGUUGAUCAAUGCUCUCCCAUUCAUUCUUGCGUUUCCCAUCAUAUUUCUAGCCCACCAACUACUGUUUGCUUUUGGUGAAAAUAUAGCUGCCAAUUCUACCAAUUUGGACGCUACAACAUCACAUACUUUAUCACAUACUUUAUCAUAUGGCUCAAAUAUAGCUAGCAUCAUUAUAAGCACAUCAAUCACCAGUGCUGUUAUCGCAGUAGCACAAACAUUGUGUAUUGUACCAACAUAUGAAAAUACCCAGGAGCCAACAUGGAAACACCACUUAGCUGCAUACGGACUGGUUCUAUGCAUCUUUGUCUCAUCAACUCUAUUGGGUUAUCAAAGGGCAAGCAUGGUCUAUUUUGGCUUAUUAUUAAACUCGCGAAACUUGUAUACACCACUCCUUUUCGUUGUUGACCUCAUAAGUCAACCAUCAGAUACUUACCCAAAUAUCAUAAUUGGGUUCACUAUGACUCAAUUGAGUUUGCAACUUUUGAAAUGGUCGCAGUUCAAAUUCAACAGAAGCAAGAUAUUUACUUUGGCAAAUGCUUUGAUUGCGUUUAUAUUUCUAGCGCUUUUCAAUCAACAAGUUAGCUUCAUUGUUGUUGCGCUGAUGGCAGUGACAUUAGGCAUAUGUCUCAUUACGUAUCUAGAUUUGCCACAUACAAGAAACUCACUCAUUAUAAGUUUUGGCUUGAUGGCAAGUUUGAUGCCCAUUCUAGAUUAUGUAGUAUUGGGUCAUUUCCAGAAAUGGUCAAUUUUAAACGUAUUCCUCGCAGGAGCCAUAGUGCAUGGAACUGGGCAACAAAAUAACGGCGCAUUUGGCUCCUUGGAAAACGACAGAUAUACAGGCUCAGCAAAAUAUGUAUCAAACCCAACCACGUCGAUCUUGCGCGAGAUAUUGCAGCAUGACGAUACAAAAGCUAUUUUCAACUUUUUGCUCCUCAAUGCGAGCUUUAUGGUGAUUCAGUUUCUUUAUUCAUUUAGAUCCAAGUCAUUAGGACUUUUGUCGGACUCUCUACACAUGUUGCUUGAUUGUCUUUCACUUGCAUUGGGACUUGUUGCUGGGGUAUUGUCGAAAACAAAAGUUGAUCCACAUGGAAAGUAUCCAUUUGGCUGGCAGAAUUUGGAGAACCUUGCUGGAUUUGCCAAUGGUACUUUGCUCAUGGGAAUAAGUGGAUCCAUCUUGUUUGAGGCAUUAGGCCGAUUGGCACAUCCGAUUGAAUUGCAAAAGACCAAUGAAUUGAUUGUUGUUUCAGUAUUGGGACUUCUUGUCAAUAUGGUAGGUAUUUUUGCAUUCAAUCAUGGACAUGGACACGGACACGGAGAUGGAAGUGGCCACUCACAUAGCCACGGUCAUAGUCACAGUCAUAGUCAUAGUCACUCACAUAGUCAUUCGCAUAGCCAUAGCAGCCCACAGCUUAGUGAACAAGCACAUGGUGAAGGAAUGAAAGAUAACGGGAAAGAAGGAGACGGGGAAGAGGUCAAUGACAAUAUGAGAGGCAUUUUUCUUCAUAUAUUGGCAGAUGCAUUGGGGUCUGUUGGUGUUGUUAUAUCUACAAUCUUGACUAAACUCUUUCAUUGGCAAGGAUUUGAUCCUAUCGCGUCCAUCAUCAUUGGCACAGUAAUAUUCUUGUCGGCAGUACCGUUGAUUAAAUCUUCUGCAUCGACUUUGUUACUCUCGGUAUCAAAGAGUCAAGAAGCUACUAUUAGAAAUACACUAAAUGAAAUCACAUCUACAAAAGGAGUGAAAUCUAUAACGACGCCGCGGUUCUGGCCAAGUAACCAAAGGGGUAAAUUGUGUGGGUUUAUACACGUACAAAUAUAUCGUGGUGAGAAUUCUUCAUUCAUAAAGAGACACAUUGACAAAUUAUUCAAGGCGGAUGUUUAUGACGCAGUAAUGACCCAGAUUGAAAAUGAUUACGACCACUGUUGGUGCAGGGAAACUUAG